AACGUUAUAAAAAUACGUAUCAUUUCGAAUGUGUUUCUGAAAAUUGGCUUAAAAAAUAAAAAAGCAAAAAUGGAAGAUCCAACAUCUACGCCUUUUCAAACCGAAUACCUAUCUUGUCUGCACAAUAUUCAGCAGGUUGUUCUAAAUGUUACUAGAAUGCAAAAGCAUAUUCGGACUCCUGUAGAUCAGAAAACGUAUAAUCAACUAGUAUCGGAACCCCAUGUAGCUCUUACUAGAAUUAACGAGAUGUUCAGUUAUAGUAGAUAUAGGACCAGGAGACACGACGACGAUGACAUUUACGGGCCGAAUUUUGAGGACGAAGAAAGCUAUUAUCGUUUUCUAAACGAACGGAACAAUCACCAAUAUUUUGACGGAAAUUCGGACUUUAACUAUGAGACAGGUUCAUACAGGGAUGCAUACUCUGAUUACCACUAUUCGGGUGAAUUCGCCAGACCUGCUAGGUUGCGACAACCGGAUCCAUCAUACCAUCGGUACGCCCCAUAUCCGUACAGAGGGACCCAGUAUCGACCACCUUUUAGAGGACGACAGAGGGGCCAUUCUACAUUUGCCAUACCAAAAGGGCUACCUCCAAAAAAAUGGAAGCCGCCGUCUGGCCCUUCUUGCGAACAAGUGUUAAAAUCGCGGGUGCCAUCAGUGCAAAGUGCCAAAGUGAAUUCUUCAGAAGAUGCCAUCGUAAAGGAUAGUUCGUGUAGUGACAGUUUGUGUUCCCCUGUUCAAAAAACUACAAGUGUCCCUUCUUGUGAGACUGUUCCGAAAAGUGGUAGCCCAACAGAAGAAACCGCGAAAGUUGUCGACGCAUCGGAUGUAAAGACUGAAUGCAACACCACUAUGGAAAUGGAAACUGUGUGCUUUGAAGCACCCGCCGUUGAAGAUAUUGUUGAUUUCAUCGGUAAUGAAGAAGGCGUACAAAUGACGAACGACGAAACGUGUAAAAGUGCGUCUAUAAAAGUGGAGUUGGAACCGAUGGCUACAUCAACUCCUACGUACGAGUCUAUUGUGAAAGCUUCAAAUCGUCCCGUUAUACUUGUACCCGAUAAAUUGUCUGCUCCCGAUUUUAUUAUCGAUAAAAACGCUUCCUAUCUUCCGAAGACUCCACCAAGUGAAUCGAAGAAGGGGCUUGAAGAAAGGACCAAAGAAACGACGGUAAAAAAUAACCUCGACACAACUAAAACGGUUGAUGUAUCAGGAGAGAAAUCACCUGAGAAUAACGUGAAGGAUCCACCGAGUGAGUCGAAGAAGGAGUUUGAAGGAAAAGCAAAAGAAACGACGGUUAAAAAUCAAUCCGACACAACCAAAAUGGUUAAUGGGGCAAGCGAGAAAUCACUUGGCAAUAAAUUGUCUGCUCCUGAAUGUCCUUCUAACGUGAAGCCACCACCUACACCAAGUGAGCCGAAGAAGAAGAAGAACGAAGAGCGAGCAGACGAAACGACAGUAAAAAGUAAAUGCGACACUAAUGUGGCAGGAAAGACCCUUAGAACUAAUGGCAAUAACAAUAAAGAGAAAAUCUGUGUUAAAAGAUCCACUUCGAAAAGAAGGAUUUCCGGUGCAUCUAGUUCUGUGAAGUCAAAGUUCGCAAAACUCGAUGUUAGUUCGACUAAAGCGUCUUCUUCAAGUGGCCGAUCAAAAGAAACUUCUAACGCCUUUAGUAAAGAGAACAAGGAUGUGUCAACGUGUAGCAAUAAGACAUCUAAAAUGGAUGAAGCACGUUCAAAAAAGUCCAAUGAAGAUCUCGUUCAUAAAAGUACCAAAACCAGCGAUCUUCAGUCAAAAAAAACAACGGAAAAGGAGCCCCCUAAAUCAAAUGGGAUUAACAAGAUACGGAUUCUUGAAAAUGUUCGGCUUAAUAACAAAGAUGUUGGUAAAUCUAAUAUCACAAAAGCGGGUCAAACUUCACCUAGAGAAAACCAAAUCGGUAGUCCAAAAGAAGACAAUGUUAGAAAACCAAAACAGAUUGAAAAAGAUCACAAACCUCAACAAAAUAAACCAUCAAAUACGAAGAAUAAUGAUUACGGUUCGAAGAAUAAGCAAACACAUUCCGCGGAACCAAAACAUCCAAGGAGAGAUCGAGAUUAUAAUAAUGCACCGAAAAAAGUUCCAAAUCUCCAAAAUGGGAACAACGACAAAGGCAACAAGCUUGAUAAAGGACAGACUCAGUCCAGUGAAUCGACUAAGACUCAGAAAGAUCUUACUGUUACUGUUAAAGAACCACAAAGGGUCCCUGAAGCGUGCAACACAAUCUUGUUGGCAGAGAAACCUGUUACACCUCCAAAACAACAGGAAAUUUUACCAAUUGUGACCGCAGAAGAAAGGAAAGCAGUAAACACAAUGGAAAAUAAUGAUAAGUCAGAAUUUAUAAAGAAAUCACUAUACCGACGAAAAAGUGUCGACUUGGGAGUGUUGAGUCAUCGAAAUGAAUUGUCUGCUAUCCAGAGAAAACGACGGGCAAAGUCCGUCGGUCCGAUAACAGACGUAGGUGAUUUUUUCACUGGCUUUAGACUGACGAGAUCCAAAUCCCAAGAACUGGGCGCCACAUUGAUAACAGACGUCGUCAACUUCAGUCGUGAACAUAAAAAGUUGAAUCUUCAGAACAUCAAAUCUGAUUCAUCCAGACGGACAUCAGAUUGUGUUCAAGACCAAAACACCAUCAGAGACAUUAUCAACUUCAAUCCGUUUAAAUUGAUCAACGUAUCCGGUUCCUUAGCCAAAGACCCGAGAUUGAACAGAAACGCCAAUCCGCAAUUGUUAACGAAAGAAAAGUUUAUGGAAAGCAUGUGUCAAUCAGGAAGUCUCUCGGGCCUAAAAGACUACAGAUUCAACUUCGAAAAGUCUCCAACACUUAACUACGAUAAGAUUGAUUAUGUUGGUACGAAACCGACGUCUUUGUUGAAGAGUCCUUUGCACGAGCAUCUGUCCUUUUCGAUAGAAUCUAAUUCCAGAGCCGUGGCAAAUGGUGACAGUAAAAAAUCUCCAAGAGAAACUUUAUUAAAAAGCAGUAACGUUUCGCCAUUGCCGGUUAUCAAUAAUAAAAAAGGCAAUUCUGAAGUUGCAAAGGUCUAUUUGAAUCCUGCUUCACCACCGAAUCCUACAAAAGCGCCACGUAACAAGUGUUCUGAACUUCAACCGUCUAAACCCAAAAAUGCUUUAGGAAAGAGUGAAGGACCAAAAUUCGCGAAAAGGGAAUCGUUGUUUCGAACUUCUCCAUCGAAAGCUUUCAGUUCUCACAAUACAAAAAACGAUAAAUGUUGUAAAUCAGCUAAUACUGCUACUACAUUCACCAACAACAAUCCGAUAGCAAAACGUAAAAGAAGAGGAAGACGGGGGAAGAAAAAUGGCGCCACGAUUCCGCAAAAUGUUGUCAGUGGUUGCAAUGCUCAGAACGUUAAUAAAACCACCAUUCAUCCGGCAUCAAAAUUAAAAUUAAACGAGUUGAAACCAACAAAUUUUGAUGCUGCAACUAAGAAGAAGAAUAAUCCUGUUCUCAAUCGGAAAGUACAACCACAUCAAACUGACCUAAGACCUUCCAAAUCUGAUAACGUUCCCAUCACCACGUCCGCAAUUCUUAAGGAUUGUUUGCUCCAUGAGGACAUUGACAAAUACUUUCCGUCGAAUAAUGUCAAAGGUAGUUCCAUGGUUUUGAAUGUCGGGGAUGUUAGCAUUUUAAUGACGGAAAAGGGGUGCAAGAAAGUAUCUCACGAAUCUGUCGAAACGAUUGUGGACGAACAGUGGCAAAAGGUGGAGGAAUUUCUAACACCUAAACCGUCCAACGCGAAAACAUCAGUGUUCAAAGGUGCUACGGAUGAGAUCGAUCGCGACAUGUCACUACAUGAAGUCAUUGGACCCGAAAAUAUAAUACCUGUAAAGCGAAGCAGUCCUGUGCCUAUCCUACCAAAACCAGUUGCCGAAAUCGGUACUACAAAUUUGACCUUGAAAUCUCUUCUAACAAAUACAACGGUUAUUGGUCAAAAUGGUUUUGGUUCCGGUAAUAUGACUGUAACAUUAAUCACACCAGCAAUUGACCAAAAUAGUUCUGGCUCCAAUAGCAUAAUUCUGACACCAGUCCUAACAAAACCAUCAGCAGCUUAUGAAAAUAAUUUCGGAUCGAAUGGUUUGAAUGUAACAUCGAUCCCACAAAACACUUUACCAGUUGCCGAAAAUAAUUUUGAAAGGCAGAAAACUCCAGUACGUAUUAUUGCUGAAAGUGGUGUAGAAAAUAAUAACGAAGAGCGAAUUCUUCCGAUUCUUAUCCCAUCAAAAUCAACAGCACUAGCUGAAAGCAGUUUUGGCGUCGAAAAUGUAAAUGAAAAAUGCACAGUUCUAGCGCCUACCCCAUCAGAACCAACUGCAAACGUGGCGGGAACCGUGCCAACGUCUACUCCAUUAAACGCAACUGGAGUAGUCGAAAAUGUUGGUCUAAAAAAUACAAAUGGAAACCAAACUGUUCGGCUACCCAGUCUAUCAACACCGACAGCAGUUGUCGUUGACAGUGGUUUUGGUGUCGAAAAUGUAACUGAACGAGCUGUCUCAGUGCCUUUCGCCGUUAUCAAACAUAAUUUUAGAUCGGAAAAUACAAAUGAGAAACGAAUCGUUCGUCCUCCUAUCGAGUCAAUUCCAACUGUAGUUACUGAAGGUGGUUUUGGUUCCGCCAAUGUAAAUGUGAUGUCGAUUCCACCAAAAACAGCAACAGUCGCUGGUUUUGGCAAUCAGCCAUCGAUACUACAGAAUCCAAAGGAAUCAGUUACUAAUACUCUCCAAGCUGUUGUUACCCAAAUCGGUUGCAAUAACGGCAAUCAGCCCGCAGUAAAUUUCUCUGUUCCUUUACCAAUCGUAGCUCAACAACCAUCAGUGAAUCGUGUGUCACAUCGCGAUUUGGCCGUUGGUCUCGUACCUUUCAUUUACCGUCUUCUCAUUUACAAAAACGAAAGAUACACGUUCAAAACUGUGCGCGAGAAGAUGAAUUCAAAGAUGGUAGCCAAGGAAACGGUGAUAGCCGAUUGGAAAAUUCUGACGGAUGCUUACGUUUGCACCUUUCAAACUGUGGGUAACCAGAUGAUAAGUUAUCUAAAAGGAGUGGAAGUCAAAAGGUUUCAGUUGGGACUGCUCUUCAAAGAAAUUGAAAACUUCUUCAGAAACAACGGAUUUAGCAGCGUGACCCAGCCAAUGAUAUUGUUCUCCAUGUACGAUAUAUUCGUAUUAUGUAAACCAAUUAGUGAAUCAGAAUUUUUGGACAAGAUGUGGAAGGACGUAGAACAAUAUGCAACCUAUUUAAUGAAGUUGAAGGCACAACAGUCCUCAUCUAAUGCUCCUUCUCAACAGCACGUUCCUACGACGUUGAACAGGCAAAAUCCCACAGUUAAUAACCAUCAAAUUGAUAGCAUUUCAUUGAGCAGUAACACUAUCCCUACUAACAACAGUGUUGUUGUCAACACUUCUGUAUCGAAUUAUUCCCAAAUGAGUAAUGCUCCAAGAAUAUUAUCCAGUGUUACACACGUCAGCAACCAGAGACUUCCAAAUAUUUACCAAAAUGGAGGAUAUAUUAUUCAUAAUUACUCUUCUUCGAAUAAUUGCAAUCAAUUCAACGUCCAGAAUCCACAAAUACGCGACAUUACAACUAACAACGUUGCAAAUUUAGCCAAAUCUAGUAAUAAUAAUUUAGUGGCUAACAAGUUCGUGUCUCGCAGCAAUAACAAUAAAAAACAGUUGCCCAAUAUGCAACAGUACAGUCAGAUAUCAAAGCAAAAUGCAGUAAAUCAACAAUCGUCUCACAAUCCGAGUAACUACGGUUAUCUUCAAAGAUCUGAUACUCUGCCUGGACAAGGACAAGAAAGACAAAGUCCUCAGCAAAAUGUAACUUUGGCGCCGCCACCAUCUUACCUCCAACCGAUCCCUUCUGCUUCGAUGGGAUCGAUCAAUCCGUAUCAUAAUCAAUCUGUUAUGUACAAUUCCGUAUAUCAGCAGAACUCUCAACGGGGAUCUGCUCAUGUACAAAACGUUGGAUCCCAGAAUCAGUAUGACCACAGUUCAAAUUAUCGAAAUCCACCUCGACAAAAUGUUCUCAAUAACUACAAUAGUUCUGUACAUGUCCAGCCGCAUAUGUCGUUGGGGAGACAAGUCGGUUGUUCUACUUAUCCUCCCCAAAACAGCGCUCCUUCACACAGUUAUUUCCACAGUACGGUCUAUCCUCCGACACUUCCUCAACAUUCGACUUUCUCUGGAAUUCCUUCAAUGCAAAAUAGCGUUCGAAACAAUUACAAUCAUUCAGAAAGUACGUUUCAGUCGCACGUGAACGAAAGAAGCAAGAAAGAGAACAAAACCUUCGACAAUUCCCGAAAUUUGCAUUUGCCUAGAAUUGCGCCGCCUGUGUCUCAAACGUACCCAGUUCACAAUUCCUUGCCCAUCCAACACGUUUCCGCCCCGUCUCCUUCCGAAGCAUCAAAUUCGAUCGUUAGUCCUGUUCGACAACAGAUGAUGUCACCUCAAAGUCAACAGUCACAGUGUUUGCCAACAGUUCAACCACCUGCGUCUCAAACGUUGUACCCGGUUCACAACCCCAUGUCCACCCAAAACGUUUGUGCUCCACCUCCUUCUGAGGCAUCAAACUCGAUCGUUAAUUCUGUUCCACAACAGUUGCUGGUGGCACCUCAAAAAUCACAGUUUUUGUUGAGUGACUUGCUUCGUUCGCAUCAGUUUCCUCUGUCGCCGACACCCAUCAGUGUCGCUCUCGAUAAGCCAAAUCCUGCUGACUUCCCCGGAAGGAGCGAUAUUAGUGACAAAGACGGAUCGACUGAGCAAAGACAUUGUCAGGUGACCAGUAGUCCACCAGUUACCGAGAAAGAUAUCUCUUCACAACAACCUCCUGCAAAUCCCGCCGACAACUUCAAGAUUUACUUACCACCACGGUCUUCUGCCGAUACAACAAAUAAAGAAGCUCAACCAGAGGGCCCAGUAUCUUCAGAAGAAGUACCAGCAGCUAAUGUUCAUGGUACAUCAUCUAACGACGAUAUCGUUAAAAUAAGUGAUUCUGAAGAAGAAGAAGACGAAGGAGAAGUUGAACCGGAGUACAUCAGUAUUGAAAAGUGGGUCAUCAUGAACCAGGAAGUUAUCGACUUGGAAGACUAUGACGAUAUAUUUGAACCGAAAUAUUUGAAGCAGGACAUUAAAAAUGAAAUGAAUAAUGACGGUUAUGAAGAAUCUGUAACGGUUGAGGAAUUUCCACCAGAGGUGUCGUCUCCUGAUAGUGGAAUAUGCACCCCCAAAGGGGAUGAACUUAAUAUUUGUUUCUGUGGGGUAAAGGCAGCUUUUGUUUGUUCUUGUCGAAGUGUCAUCUAUUGCUCGAGACGUUGUCAGGAAGUGGAUUGGGAUUCUCACCAAAAGGACUGUAAGUCACAGUAAAACUGAAGUAAAUAUUUGAUGGUAUGGUAAAGUUAGUUUCAUUAAAUGAAAAAAGUUUUAAGUAUUAACUGAUAACUGAAACUGAUUUUUUUUUUGACUGCCUAUGAAGGGACUUUUGUUCUUGUUUGUUGUUAGAUAAACUUUGCAUACGUAUUAUUGUAUUAGUAGGUUUUCUGGUGCAAUAUAAAAGUAGAAAAAAUGUUAUUGUUAAUUUCAUAAAUUAGCGCAUUUUAUUUAGGUAUUUAAAAGCGCACCAAUGCCAAAGAAAAUUCUUUAUGUUUCCUACUACUACAAUUUUUUAUGUAGUUCUGUGUCCUUAAUAUGUAGUAAGUAAUGUUAAUGAUUUUUUUUGUUUUUUUUUUUUAAUGAUACACCAACACAAGAUAGUUAGAUACGU